AUGUAUCCGGGAUAUUUUGCAUUAUUCCAUAGAACCAUUGCGGAAAAUAAUGGAUUAUUAGCACAAAUGUGGAAAGAAUAUGCGUUGAGUGAUUCAAGAUAUCUUACUAGUGAUCCUUUUGUAGUGAUUAUGGAAAGCAUUACUGCA